CAAGUUUAGUCGCAUGAAACAUUAAUUUCAUGGUCUCGGUCAUCAGUGCAAGUUCGAGCGUCGAGAUUUACGGUUCCGUUUGCACCGGGAAAGUUCAUCCGAAAACGUUCAGAGGAUGCAGCCGAUGAAAUCGUUCUAUCUGUUCUCGAAGCUGUUCGGGCUGUGCCCGUAUCCGCUCGAUACGACGGUACCGGUCAAUACGCGGGCCAGCUACGUGAAGCAGCUUCUACCGACCUAUACGGUGCUGCUGCUCUACUCGUCCUGCUUGGUGAGCAUCUUCUGGCAGAGUGGCAACACGUCCGACAUUUCCAAUGCCGCUAAUUGGAUACAGUUCAUACCCAACUCGUUCGCUUACAUCUUUUCGCUCGUGUUUGCCAUCCGGCAUCGCACGAUGGCCAACGAGAUCCUGACCACGUUCGCCAUCUGUGACGAUAAGCUGCGAACGCAGUUCGGUAUUUCCUUCACGAUGCCAAACAUCAAAAUGAGACGUGUGUCCAUCCUGGCAUGCAUUGUCACCAUGACCUGUGGCAGUACAAUCGCUGCGCUGACUUAUUUGAUCGGAGUUAAUUGGAACCGUAUAUGGACGUUGCUUUAUUGGAUCGCUUUCUGUAUGCCGAAGUUUGGAUUGCUUCUGUUCAGUUUCCAGUUCGCCGGCUGCAUCCUGUAUCUGUCGGAUCGUUCCAUGCUGCUGCUGAGGGGCAUGAAUAAUUUUCCGGUCGGAGUGGAAAAUCUGGCCCUACAACCGCAGGCCCACGGGCACGCCCAGUACAAAACGCUCAACAUGACGAUGGGUGGCAACCAUCUGCCGAGCAUGCACGAGGGUAAAUUGAACCGGCUGACCACGUUGGCCACCAUCAAGAUCCGUGCCAUCAGCCCGCUCGACUCGAUCCAGCAUAUACGCGAGGUGGUCGAAAUGCUGCAGGACCUGUCGGUCAAGAUAAACCAGUGUUUCGGCAAGCAGGCCAUCUUUUCGCUGCUGUCCGCGUUUACCUGCGUUACCGUGCAACUCUACUACAUGCUGAAUCACAUCAAGUCCGGCUUCACAGCGUCCCGGUCCGAGAUCUAUGCGCUCGCAUCCUGCAGCCUACUGUUUCUGCACGGUAUCGAAUUCUGGUCGCUCUUUACCAGCGGUGAAAACGUACGGCUCAAAUGGAAAAAGGUGAUCAAUUUCCUGUUCUUCAUGAAAUCCAAAUCGUCUGACGAUGACUUUCGGCAGAAGGUGGACGAUCUGAUUUCGUUUAUGGUGACAAAUCCACUCGAGUUUAACGCGUACGGUCUGUUUCCCAUCGAUCUGUCCGUGCUGACGGGGAUUGCUUCCUCCAUCACGACCUACCUGAUCGUUUUGAUACAGUUCAAAAUUUCCGAAGAACAGUCCAGCACCUAUGACGAUGAGUCGGAUGACAAAAGCCAAAUCCAGUACUCUGCACACUAAGGGUAAACCGAACGCAUACCCGCUGAUGGAUUUUGGAUAAAUGGCGGAUGGUCUAUAAAUGGCGAACGUGCCUGUAUGUGUGCGCGCUAUGCGUGGUCCUAUCAUCGAUCGCUGUUGAAGGUUAACAACAUUCACACCAUCCGGUGCACUAUGUGAAUGCACAAAUGUGAAAGGAUAUGACCACAGUUCGGUUUGAAGUGUAUGUGAAAUUAAAUGAAAUUAAAUCCAGUGAUUAGAUCUGUCGAAAUAUUUAAUCAUCUUUCACACAGAAAGAAACCGAGCAAGUACGCCGAAUGUAGUCUCCAGUUGAACCAAAGGUGCCUAGUGGACCGUAGUGUCUAACGUAUUGCAUAGUUUUAGGGGUUUUUUAGAAGAAACAAUAAGAUGGCUUUUUUUGCUAAAAGCGCCUUCGCUUCGUUUAAUUACGCGCAUUCAAAGAGCAAUUUUAUGUUUAUUUUUAUUUCAUGGAAUGAACGACAUCCUCCCUAUUUUUAAGUAUUAUCACACAAUAUUAAUGGUUGGUUCAAACGGAAAUAUUAUCAUCGAUUUAGUCAUUCAUGUUUCUCUAUCAUGCUUUUAAAUAAUACCGAUUAACAAGUCUUUAUUUUCAUGUUCCUUAAGUUACACGAGGUACACCACUUUAAUGCAGUGUUUAACGUACUUCACCAACCUGUGAUCAUUUAAUUGCUCUCGAAGACUUAACCACACCACCGUGCGUACCACGUGUGCCCAGCAUUAGAUGAAUGUGGUGGAGUCAUGCUUGGGAACUAUGCGCCCAUACUAAGCACCGGUAACAAUGAUGAGUGGUAGUGCUUCGGUGCUCCCGGUAGCCAUUAAGCCGGUAACAGUUUGUAAUAAUCGCUUUACAAAACAUCCUCCCGGCAAAACACAAUAGGACGCAGCGCUGGCAGAACUGGGUCGCCGUCGACACUUGAGCAGUUAACCGCAACCGGGUGGAAAAGGCGGGGGCCGAUCCACCACCGACGACAGUGCGCCCGGUGAAAACACGGGCAAGGAAACCGUUUAAGACCGGUUAAUGCCUGCUUCCAGUGGGGGCCAUAAUUACAAGUAAGUACAUUUAUUACUGGCGAUUCCGAAAUUAUACACAACGAAAUGCGCUCCGGGCUAACGCGGUGCGAUGAGGGAUAAGGUGUGAUGGUGGGCUUUUCAAAUGUCAUGAGAAUACGGGCGGGUUUAAAUGGGUGAACAUUAGACCGUCAUUUAGACGAUGUUCUUUUGGUGAGUUCGGCCCCAUUGAAGAAGGUAAGGUUGAGGAGUCUCCUUCUUGGAGACGGGUUGGGCGAACAGUUUGCAUCCAUUCUAAACGCCAACCAGGCAAGAAGUAACAUGCGUCCCAAAACGGCAAAUCAUUAGCUACGAUCAUGAAGUGGUUUUGUGUGUAGCGGUCAAAACUGUAACGAAAGUUCCUCCAUUAGAUGCCUGGUUGAAUGCUGGCAGGAUUGUGGAGAGAGGUGCAGCGAACGCGAGUGAUGCAAAAAUGUUCUACCAGCAAUUUAAAUUCGAGAACUCAGCUUCAUUACGCUAAUUAACACGAUAUGCGAAAGCGCCACACUUAAGGCAAUGAAAUGGGUUUGCCGAACUUUUACGAAUUGCGUGUUGCAAGUGUUUGCCGUUUCGGGAAACACAAUUUCCAAGCAGGAAAAUUCCUUCCGUUUGUACUUUUGCUGCUGCUGCUGCUCGUUGCUGUAACUGACGUUUUGCUACCAUUACAAAGUAGAGCAGUAGUGGCAACGGGAUGUUUGGUGUGGGCCCAAGAUUACUCUCCCGGGACAUGUGAGUGAAAGGCCCGAGGUGAAGGUUAGCAAAAAAUAAUAAACUAAAGCUUCAAACCCAUUACCAGCAAGGCAUAAUGGUGCAAAACCGGAAAAGUGAGAAAAGCUGCUGCUUGUUGAACUGCGACGAAAAAAAAACAGAAUGGAUUCCUCCCUAUAGUCGUUUCCAGUGCAACGGAUAGAAAGGAAUCGGUGUAUGGGAAAGAAAUUAAAACUGCUCCCUUGUUGGACGAACCAAACAGGCAUCAGUAUGUGCUUGUGAAAGGGUAAAGAAAAGAGAGAGAAAAAAAACAACACAUCCAAAGCGUAUAGAAAGGUAACAGAACAAUAACGACAAUGCUCGGCUACAAGCGCACACGAGCAAAUGUUCCAUUGUACGGACAAAAGCGUACCGUAGGCAAGGUGUUCCCGACUCCCAAAUGGAGGCCAAGGUGAGGGUUGAACCCGUGCUAGUCGUGUUUUUGUUUUCCUUCCCUAUUGUAAUGCCAACAUACACGAGCUGUAUGCGCAUUUUUAUGCCCAACCUGUAUGUGCACCCCUUUUGUUGCCUCCCAGCUCCCAAACGUAUGUACUUAACAAUGGGCAUUCUUUCGGUGCCUUCAUACCGACACCUGCCAACCUUACGAGGUGCAGGUCGAUUCUGCAUGGGGUCAUGUUACCUCCAAGCUCAGCAUUCAGUGCGGAGCUUUGAAUGGUUUUCGUCCGACAUGCGCUUGCAAUGCAGCCACAGUUAGCCAUCGUUUCACGUGAAUCCUUAAAAUGGCUCAUCUCGGCUGACGAUAAGACGCAUCCUGUUCUCCUACUCUAACCAAGUUGAACAGUAGUGUUGCAGAUUCGUGGCAUCCCUUUCCCGAGACAUGCAUUCUGUUUAUGCAAAGGCCCUACUUUUGGCUGAGCGAUGCAAAACGUUCCGUGCUGGGUUGUUGGAAAUAUUCUAGUUAUUACAUUUAAAACUGCACCCAUGCGCUCGUCCGAUGCAAAUUUCCAUUUUCACUCCGGUUAUGGCGACCACGCUAAACGGACCGUUACACAAAAAUGUCGAAAAAUGAACCCAAAAAAACAGAAAAGAAAAGGAAACAGAAACUCGUUUCUACAGGUACAGAGAGGUGGCCUUAGCUGCUAAGGUUGGUUGGAGCUUAGGCAUGUAGAGGCAUGGAGGAAUUCGCAGCAAAAACAAGAAAACAUAUGCAGUGGAAGCGGCAAGUUUUUGGUUAGUGUAGAAUGUUUUUUUUUUGUUAAUUUUGUGCACAAAUUAAACCGUUACACCGAAGCAAGUUGCUCGUUGGCAAUAAAGUGUUUAACUUGAUCUGCAUAUUAUGUUUUUUCCUUACCUGUGGAAAAAGUUUCUUACACCCCUGGAAGCAUGUUUAUGUUUUGAUGCAAUGAAUUUAUUCCGUAUAAAAAUCAUUUCACAAAAAUAAAAAGUUUCAUUUUUCUUGCAAACUGGCUCAAAAUCCUAAUUAUAACAUACCCCAUAAGGUAUCAUCACGCUCUGCUGAGCCGUUUUAACAAGCAGCUCGAAAGUUUAAUGCUGUACGAGUUUUAAAGCACUACAACUCUAACGAUUCGCAUUGAAAUUCAAAAUACAAUCCAUGAACAAAUGCGGUACAGAAAAGGAUAAAUAUUGACAUAAGAGUCAUCCGAUCGAAAUACAGUGAAAAGAGGAUUAAAGUAUUCAUGAAUCAUUCCUUCGGGCUGUGCGCCUAUUUGUGCAUGCAAGGGAAGCACGGGGAAAAGUAUCACACACACCACAGCAUCAGCGUUCGAGCAUAUUGACGGGAAAGAAAAUAAACCACGAAGCGCAGAAAACCAAAAACCAACCAGCUGAUGCGAAUACGGAAGCUCGCACACGACUGCUGUUGAAGCAUUUUAACUCACUAAUGCUAGUCGGGAAACCGACUUCUCUCUCUCGUCGAGCAUUUCGAGCGUUAAACUAAGUUCAAGGAUAAACAAACAAGGAAGGGCGACGAGUGAAAAAGUUUGUAGAUUGCUAAAUGUAUUUAUUUGAUGGAGACGCCCAGUACUUUGUGGCUUCGAUAUACAUAUUUAUUUGAUGGAGACGCCCAGUACUUUGUGGCUUCGAUAUAGGAAAGUGUUUAGUUUGUUGUUACGCAUCGCUUGAUAGUUCUUUUCCUUUUAAAAUUUAUUUUAUUCAAUUUUCAAAACAGAAUAGUAUGUUUUUUUGCGUUGCAAGUUGUAUAAUAUAAAAGAUUGUAGGAGUAUAAAAUUUUUUGUCCUCAUUCCUAUUAAAUGCUGAUUGAAUUUAUUCGCAAACGUAUAUCCAAUGUAAGAUAUGAUGUUUAUUCAUUUAAACCAAUGCUUAACAUAAAACGAAAGAAGUUUAUUUCUCUCGUUUAUAGCUUGGAACUAGCUUGGAACAAAAAAACAACAACUGACUGUUUCAACAAAAAUCUACAGAAAGGUGAAAGAUAAUAGAAAAAUUAAAGUUUUUCUUUGCAAGUUCGACCAUCUUUUCUACAGGCGCAAAUAUGUUUUUCAAUUUAGUUAAAGUGAAAAGGUUACUUUACAUUCGCGGAAAAGGUUGUUCGGUGCUUUAUUUCAUCGAAUCGAAAUGGUUUUCUUAGUGAAUUGGGUUUGCUGGUAUACUUUGUUUUUCAUCCAGUUAAUGUGAAAAGAAAACA